AUGCUCGCCGAUGUGUGCGACGACGAGGUGAACCUGGGUUUGAUAUUGAUGCUUAAGCUUGACAUCACCGCCGAGGAUGCCGUGGAGCUGCCCAUCGUGAAGGCGCUCGACUCCCUGACCUACGCCGAGGUCCAGUUCUGCCACCCAGCAGACUCUUCUCGCUGCGCCACGGUGCUUGCCAUGGUGGACACGGGCUCCAAUGACUGCGACCUGAACCAGGCUGUCAUCGACCAGCUGAGACUACCGCCGGCACGGGGUCAUGGCAGUACCAUCGUGGAGACCUCUGCCAACAAGUUGGUUGAGGUUCCCACCUACCAGGCACGAGUUCGCCUGCUGGGCCGCGAAGCUGUGGUGCAGCUCAACCCCGCGGACGCGGACUAUGCGGCCAGGGGAGGUGCGGUUGCCACGCAGGCCGAAGAUGAUGUGGACCAGAAGUUCGAUUUCUCCGCCAGCACCGACGAAGCUGUGAUUGGUGCGGAUGCACUGGCUUCCCUGGGACUGAUAGUGGACUGCGGCCAAAGGAAGCUUGUCCGCAACGACGACCCAGAUCUCAAGCCCUGGCUGCUCAAGGGGUCGCCUGCACUGCCGCGGAAUGGUCAAAGGAGCCGCUGCCUCCAUGUGACGCUGCACGUCCGCAAUCCUGUGAAGAAUGGAGCUCACAAGGAACUUGCAGUCAGGGCUCUGGUCGACUCCGGGUCGACGGAUGCCGAGCUGAAGCGUCGGCAAAUCGCAUCCUUAGAUUUGGCGGUCGACGAGACGGAGAUCCCCGCGCAGUUCGAGACUGCAGGCGGCGUAACUAUCGAAGCACCCAUCUACCGCACAGUCGCGCGCUUGGAAGACCGAGAGGCGAUCGUGCGCGUGAGCCCUUCGCAGGAGGAGGACUCUGACGACGCGGAGAGCGAUGGAGAAAGCGAGGAGGACUCUUCAAAGUCCGAAAGCGAUGAGAGCAGCGACGACGAAGACGAAGCCUUGCUGGGCCAUGACGCUUUGGCAGCACUGGGUCUCCUGGUCGACUGCCGGAACCGGCGACUGCUGCAGGCGCCUCUCGCUGAGGCGGACCCUGCCGUGCCUUCUGAGGAGCUGCGAAAGCGGCGGCGGCGCAAGCACUGA